CCACUCCAUCUCAUUUGCUCUUCCCUUUGCUUCAUUUACUCUCGAAAUAACAAACAUGGUCAACGCUGCUGAUACUCAGGUUGCUACUACCUCAACUGCUGGACAUCAGCAUGUCCAUGGUCCUGAUUGUCAGCAUGACCACGAACACGGUAACGAGAGCGGCGAAUACCAAGAUCGAUUUUUGGAUGGCAGCAACCGCAUCAUCGCGUACGAUCUUUUGCAAGCUCGCAACAAACUACAAGACACCACUGACCCUGAUGCCAAGCGCUACUUCGAAGCCAAGGAACUUUUCCGCAAGGGUUAUGAUCUUGCCAUGACCGUCCCCGCUGUCCUGGAGGCUGACACUUUGGACAAGCAUGAAGAGGACAUUAAAGACGCUGCUGAAAGCAUGGUGGCCGCUUGGGUUAUGGAUGACAAGGCUGCUCCUAUGUCUGAGCGUGUCCUGAUUUUGGGUCAACAAUAUGAGAAGGUUCUUUUGAAGAAUAUUCCUGAAGAUCAGCAGGAAGGUUUCUUUGUUAAGGACAGUCUUUUGUUUUCCGCAUGGAUCUUGCUUGUUGGCAAGCAAUAUGAGCAUUGUAUCACUACUCUGACUUUGGGCCUGGAAACUUACCCUGAAUUACCUGCCCGCAUGUACUUCGUUCGUGCCACGUGCCACUUGUCUAACGGUGACCUUAAGGCUGGUAUGGAUGACUUGAACGCCUGUUUAGAAAAGGAUCCUUCGUACCCCUUCCCCUACAGCGUGUUGGGCUCUAUUUACAUCAGCACUAAGAACAAGGAUGACGCUAUCAAGAACUUCAAGCUCUAUCUUGAGCACGGCCACCCUGAUACGGCUGAUUACACCAACUCUCUUUACGCUCUUGCCUUCCUUACAUAUGACAAGAAUGACAACUCACAAGCUGCCGAUUACUACGAAAAGGCUAAGCAAAACGAAGAACGCUUCAAGGAAUUGUACGGCAGUGUUCCUGGCAUGAACGACAUCAAGCGUCAAGCCGUUCUAGCUCAUGAGCCAGCUGAUGUUGCUAAGAAGAUGAUUGCUUCAUCCAUGCCCCCUGUUCAACCCAAUGCCAAGAUUGAAAGAUUGAUUGAGGCUGGUAUCCUCGGUCGUCCCAAGUCUUAUCCUCCCAACCCUAAGCAGUGCUCUGAAUGUGGAGCUAAGCACCGUCAAGGUGAGCCCGAGAAGUCUCUGCUUAGCUGCGGUGCAUGCAGAAGCAUCUGGUACUGUAGCCGUGACUGCCAGAAACUCAACUACCGCAAGGGACACAAGGCUGUAUGUGCCAGCAUGGCUCAAAAGGAAGUAACAGCAUAAAACAGAGAACCUCGAUUUUUUUCAAAGAAAAAUCUAUAGUCAAAAAAAAAAAUAAUCAAAUACAUAUUCACAGCUUUUCUUGUUUCUUGUUUGUAAAAAAUGAACGUCUUCUAUUUUACGUUGUA